CUUUCUGGAAGACUUUCUUAAGAAAAAUGGCUCUUAUUCACGUUACAAGCGCAGAAAACUAAGAAAACGUCCGUAGCCUGUUCGCCUGAGUUUGAAUCCUCGAGGUGAAUUGUUAAAAAAAAUGGUUGCAGGUCCGAAUAAUGUGGCCAAUAAACCCACUUCUUUCACCUUCAGGAAUAAUGUUGCAUCACGCAUGCGAAAUCACAUCCCACCUGCUACUCCAGCGUUAGGAGGAAACUACCGAAUGUCGGCAAAUUUGAGAACACCUGUGUUGACCAAUAUGUGGGAGCAGAACACACAUCCGUAUGAAGCUGGCCAGUCAGGUUACAUUGGAAUGGAACCAGCAGCACAGAAAACGCCUUUACUGCCUAAUCAGAGAGGGUCGAAGUCAAAUAUCUAUGAAACAACGCCUUCGUACAAUAAUAGCUACUCUACUUCAAUGGAAGUUGUAGAUCAUGAUAAUUGGGGAAUGGAAGACGUUUUUGGGAAUGAAAAUUUUAUGAAUCCAAAUGAGGAAUAUUGGCCAAACGAUACGAACAUGUUCCCUGUCCAACCACAUAGAAUUCAAAAUAAUAACUCGUUUAAUAUUCAAGAUCUGCCAUGUGAAAAUCGGAAUGACAAGACGAAUAAAGCACAAAAGACACAUAUGAGACAAACCGUUUUAAGCUCCGAUUCGUUAAAAGGCUUGGCGUUUAAACUGGAAAAGUCUAAGAAAAGGAAAAAUACUGUUUUAUCCGAAAAUUGCCAAAGAAUUUUUCCCCGAUGGAACACUCUUCCUUCAGCUGAAUCUCUAAACAAUAAACUGGAUGGCGAAGAUUACAGUUUCCCAAGGAUGUUCACAGUCACCGUGGAAAAGUUGUUGGCAUGGCCACAAAUAUUGAGUGGAAGAAAAGCCAUAUUUGAGUUAUAUGGAAUUCUUGAAAAAAUAUCUCAGACCAGCUUGCUAAGUGCUAAAAAUAUUUGUUUGAAAACUCAAAAAGUGAGAAUCAGUAUGACUUGCACCUUUUAUGAAAUAGAUCGUCCACUUCCAAAACUUGUGAUUGGUCAGUGGCAAAGGUAAAUUUCUAUACUUUUUCUGUCUUCCAUUUCGGUAAAAUGAAUUAACAACUGACGAAAAGGACUUUUUCAAUUAAAUUAUAUUGUUAUUAUGCUUUGUCUGAGUAUUUGCAGUAGUGUUUUCUUUGAAACCUCCAUUAGUUUCUUGGAAUUUAAAAUAUUUCUUAGAACUGUUGACCUAUUGCAAAAAAGAAAAAAUACUACAAGAAAUUUAUAUACCGUCCAUAUUAAUCACAUCCACUCAAUUACGAAAAUUAAAUCCAUGGUAAAAAGAAAAAUGAUAGACAUAGAUAAAAAUGGGAGGGAAAAAAGUUUUAAAGCACUUAGAGCACUUUCAUAUACGAGACGCAGACUGAAUAACCGAAGUAAAAGAAAACAAUUCUUUGAUUCCUCUCUUGCAGCUUUGUCGGAAUUCAAAUGUCGUUUCAGAUAGCUUACUAUAGUACAAAUUAU